GUCCGUAGGAAUCAGGAUCACGUGAACAUCAGCUGACUGACUCGAAAAAAGUCAGGAAGAAGACAAUCGCCAAAACAUUUCGUGAUAAAAAAACAUUUAUUAUUUUCAGCUAGCUGGAGUUAGGCUAUUAUAAUCAUGGAAUCUACCCUUGAACAACAUCUUGAUGACACCAUGAAGAAUCCAGCCAUUGUCGGAGUUCUCUGCACGGACCAGCAAGGACAUAUUUUAGGCUGUCGAGGCUCCCUGUCUGAUGAGCAUGGUGGAGUAGUGUCUGUACUGGCCAGGCAGGCGACCUCCCUCACUAGAGACCCAACAGACAUCCCCACAGUGUGCCUAGAGUCAGACUCCGGGAAUGUUCUAGUGAGAACCCAUGGAACCAUCACAGUAGCUGUGCACAAGAUGGUGUCAUAAAGUCAGCUAGCUAAUGAAGAUGGAGUCCAUUUAUCUGUUUGUAAAACUGUUAACCAAUGUUAAAUAAUCACACUCAAAGCAUGGUCUGGAUCUGUGAGUUUGCAUUCAGAUGUUACAUUUUAAAUUUUCAUGUGUAUUUUUUUUUUUUCCCCUCUUCUACUGUUUGGCCCAGAAGUGUAUUUAAAUGUGUUAAAAGGGUCUGAUUGUGUUUGGGAAAAUAUUUGUUAUUCAAGGCUUGGAUAUGACCUUGUAGGAUAACUGCAAUAAUUUCAAAGUCAGUGUUGACAUAUUGAAUAUACAUAUUCAUAUUAAAGUCAAAGUAACAAAUGUUU